AUGGCUAUCCCCAACGAAAUAACUGUUAAGGUGAAACAAAAGCAAAUUGAAGUUGAAGGACCUAGGGCUGAUUAUAGUGAGGAAACUAGACAAAAGAAUUUGAAGGUUGAUGCUUGGUUUGGAUCUCGUAAGACGAUUGAUGCUAUCCAUACCGCUCUUAGCCAUGUGGAGAAUCUUAUCACUAGUGUUACUAAUAGUUAUAGGUACAAGAUGAGGUUUGUGUAUGCUCACUUUCCUAUCAAUGCUUCCAUUACUGGUGGGAAUAAGUCCAUUGACAUGCGUAACUUCCUUGGCGAGAAGAAGGUUAGGAAAGUUGACAUGCUUGAGGGUGUAAAGUUGUUCGAUCUGAGAAGGUCAAGGAUGAGCUUUGCAUUUUACACAUUUUAUAUUUUCUCCUUCACUGUGAAUAUUGAGCUCCACCGUUGUAACCUCCAUUGUAGCAGUUUCCAGAUUUCAAAGUAG